CGGGGAAACGGCUCUGGUAGUGUGAGCCCCUUCUGACGGGGCUCGUGACGCCGCUGAGGUUACUCUCAGGAACUGGGUUGCGGAGCAAUGGGGGAUCCUGGGGCACGGGGUGCAGUUCGGAGAGUUGAGCCCUACUGCUUGUGUUAGAGUUUAAAUCUCGUCUCCACCGCAUAUUAGCUGAGUGACGCAAGGCAACGUAUUUAAUCUCUCUAGAGGAGCUUCCUCAUCUGUUAAAGGGUAAUAAUAAUGGUACCUUCCUCUUCGGACCCUUAGGAAGAUAAAACGAUGAUAGGUAAAAUUGUUUGAAACAGUGCCAGUAUAUAGUAGGCACUAAGUGUUUGCAAUCAUUAAUAUUUUUGUUGUUGCUGCUAGUAACAGUAUUGCCAUUGCCGAACCUAGUAUCCUGAAUUCCUAAGGUGAGCGCUUUGCUCGGCAAGAGACAUGAUCUCUUUUUGGGGGGAGCCCUGCUGUGGCCGUUUGUGCAUUUAUUUCCAGGCUGCUGCCCGUGCCUGGGGCUUGCCCUUCUUGGGCUUUGCAGUGCCAAGCGGAAGGGGGUGUGUGUGGUCAGUGCAAUGAGUGCUGUCAUCCCCCGUUUUAGAAGGUUUCCCCUAUCUCGUUUUACUUUCUGGUUCAGCGACUCCUGCCCGGCACAGCUCGCUAACAUCCUUGCUGAAGGACUAGUGGACACAAGUUCAUGCCUUAUGGGUUAGCUUGUUUUUAAUCCCUGCUUAAGGUGAUCAAAUUCAGGUUUGUUUUUGUUUUUAAAACAAGGUAGCAUGUUUACCCAGAAGCAGCAUAGCAGUGUAUAUGUUUUGUUAGAUCUUUAAUACCUGAGACUUCAAGUUGAAAAAUAAUAUCAAGAACUCAUCAGUUAGUUGAGUAGACUUUUUGGGGGGCUAUAUUUUGUGGAUGACAUUCAGAAACCUCAUUCAGUAGCAGAUUUUGGUAUUUUUCACCAGUUUUCAACCAUGGACUCUCACUGGAGAGAAGAUAAAGAUGUAAUUUCUCAGUCAUGAGAACAGCCUUCUGAAAUGAGAAAAGAGGUUUUGAACCCUGCUGUUGCUAAAGAUAAUAUCGUUAAAAGAGUAGGACCAAUUUUUUUUUUGAUAUAAAGAAUUUUAUUUAUUAUCAUUAUUUCAGUCACUAGACAGUCACCACAUAAAUCUCUGAAUUUGUUGUAGGGAAUAAGAGUCGUAUAAGACAAGUUCCUUGCCCUCAAGAAGUUUAUAGCCUACUUAGGGAGGCCACACAGAAGUAGAAGUUAACUAAAAGUACAGGAAGUGACAGUACAUCUCAACAAUUUUAUGAAUGUUAAGAAGCAGUUUCUUCUUUGAAAACUGAACAUAUGAACAAGUAUAAACUACUAUAACUUUUCUUAGGAGGUACAAGGUUCUUUUUAAGUAAGUAAUUUUAUAAAAGAUUUAUCAACACUUUUUUUGUGUGAGGAAGAUUAGCCCUGAGCUAACACCUGUUGCCAAUCCUCCUCUUUUUUGCUGAGGAAGGUGGGCCCUGGGCUAACAUCGUGCCCAUUUUCCUCUACUUUAUGUGAGACACCUGCCACAGUGUGGCUUGAUGAGGGUGCGUAGGUCUGCGCCCGGGAUCCGAACCUGUGAACCUUGGGCUGCCAGAAGUGAAGCACGGGAACUUAACCACUAUGCCCCCGAGUUGGCCCUAACACAUUUUUUUUUUAAAUAAAAAAUGAAUUGAAGGCAGAGAAUGAAGCUUACCUUCUGGUUUCCUGGACAUUUCCAUAAAAUCUGAGUUACGAAAUGUCAAGCCAGUACUUUAAUGUUUUUGUGGACUUUUCCCCCAUGUUCUAGAGAAGUGGUUAUUUGUUACUCUAUCAGAUACCCAUUUUCUUAAUUUUCACCCAUAAAUUUCAUGUUUGAAAUAGUGUAUCAAACCGCAUUUAAGUAAUUUUCGCAUUUUCAUGACAUCACUGAUUAUACAAUAAAAACAAAAGCAAUAAAGAUAUUAACCUUGUUUAAUUGUAUGGUUGGUUGAUCCUGUAGUUUGCUGGGCCUUGUUGAAGAUGUGUAAUAUCUUUCGUCUUUUUGAGAUUUACGAUAAAUAAAAAACGAAAACAGCACUAUUGUAUUGAGUUGGGGAGUUUCAGGGCUGAUCCAGGAAAAAGAUAGGACCACAAGGUGGCAGUAGCACAUAAGGAACUUGGAACUUGGUUGGGAUAGGAUUUUGACAAGAUUGCAUGGGAGAAUGGAAUCUAAUUCACAUCAAGAUGGGGUGCCUAGACCAUCUUAUGUUUUUAGUGCUGACCCAAUUGCAAGGCCUUCGGAAAUAAAUUUUGAUGGCAUUAAGCUUGAUCUCUCUCGUGAAUUUUCCUUAGUUGCUUCAAGCACUGAGGCAAACAGUUUGGAAUCCAAAGAUUAUCUCCAGGUUUGUCUUCGAAUAAGACCAUUCACACAGUCAGAAAAAGAACGUGAGUCUGAGGGCUGUGUGUAUAUUCUGGACUCACAGACUGUUCUGCUGAAAGAUCCUCAAAGCAUCCUUGGUCGGUUAAGUGAGAAAAGCUCUGCACAGAUGGCACAGAAAUUCAGUUUUUCCAAAGUUUUUGGCCCAAAAACUACACAGAAAGAAUUCUUCCAGGAUUGCAUUAUGCAGCCAGUAAAAGACCUGUUGAAAGGACAAAGUCGGCUAAUUUUUACUUAUGGGCUAACCAAUUCAGGAAAAACAUAUACAUUUCAAGGCACAGAAGAAAAUGUUGGCAUUCUGCCUCGAACUUUGAAUGUGUUAUUUGAUAGUCUUCAGAAAAGACUAUAUACCAAGAUGAACCUUAAACCACAUAGAUCCAGAGAAUAUUUACGGUUAUCACCAGACCAAGAGAAAGAAGAAAUUGCUAGCAAAAGUGCAUUGCUUCGGCAAAUUAAAGAGGUUGUUAUGCAUAAUGACAGUUGUGAUACUCUUUAUGGAAGUUUAACAAAUUCUUUGAAUAUCCCAGAGUUUGAAGAAUCCAUGAAAGAUUGUGAACAAGCUAGCUUGAAUAUGGAUAAUAAUAUAAAAUUUUCUGUGUGGGUUUCUUUCUUUGAGAUUUACAAUGAAUGUAUUUAUGACUUGUUUGUUCCUGUGUCAUCUAAGUUCCAAAAGAGAAAGAUACUACGCCUUUCCCAGGAUAUAAAGGGCUAUUCUUUUAUAAAAGAUUUACAAUGGAUUCAAGUAUCUGAUUCCAAAGAAGCGUAUAGACUUUUAAAACUAGGAAUAAAGCACCAGAGUGUCGCCUUCACAAAACUGAACAAUGCUUCCAGUAGAAGUCACAGCAUAUUCACUAUUAGAAUAUUACAGAUUGAAGAUUCUGAAAUACCUCGUGUAAUGCGAGUCAGUGAAUUGUCUUUGUGUGAUCUUGCUGGUUCAGAACGAAGCAUGAAGACACAGAAUGAAGGUGAAAGGUUAAGAGAGACUGGGAACAUCAACACUUCUUUAUUGACUCUGGGAAAGUGUAUUAAUGUUUUGAAGAACAGUGAAAAGUCAAAGUUUCAACAGCAUGUGCCUUUCCGGGAAAGUAAACUGACCCACUAUUUUCAAAGUUUUUUUAAUGGUAAAGGGAAAAUAUGUAUGAUUGUCAACAUCAGCCAAUGUUGUUUUGCCUAUGAUGAGACACUCAAUGUGUUGAAGUUCUCAGCCAUUGCACAAAAAGUUUGUGUUCCAGACGCUUUAAAUUCCUCUCAAGAGAAAUCAUUUGGACCUGUCAAGUCUUCUCAAGAUGUAUCACUAGACGUUAAUAAUUCAGAUGAUAAAAUAUUAAAUGUAAAAAGAGCCACAAUUUCAUGGGAAAGUGGUCUAGAAGAUCUAGUGGAAGAUGAAGAUUUGGUUGAGGAUCUAGAAGAAGCUGAAGAAAACCAAAAUGUGGAAACUGAACAUACUGAUGAACAUCUAGAUAAAACAGAGGAAGAUAAGGCUUUCAUUAGCCACGAGGAGAAGAGAAAACUGUUGGAUUUAAUAGAAGACUUGAAAAGAAAACUGAUAAAUGAAAGAAAAGAAAAGUUAACAUUGGAAUUUAAAAUUCGUGAAGAAGUUACACAGGAGUUUACUCAAUAUUUGGCUCAACGUGAAGCUGACUUUAAGGAAACUCUCCUUCAGGAACGAGAAAUGAUAGAAGAAAAUGCUGAAUGUCGUUUGGCUAUCUUCAAGGAUUUGGUUGGUAAAUGUGAGACUCAGGAAGAACCAAUGAAUGAAGAUCGUGCCAUGAAAGUUGAAACCAAAGAAGCACAUAUUUAUGUAGGAAUUGAAGAUAUUAUUGAUUCUCUUCAAGAUGAUGUCACUGAUAUUAAGACACAGGCUGAAAUUGCUCACUUAUAUAUUGCAUCUCUUGCUGACCCCCAGGAAGCUAUUGCUUGUUUAGAACUAAAGUUUAAUCAAGUUAAAGCUGAAUUAGCUAAAACCAAAGAAGAAUUAAUCAAAACCCAGGAAGAGUUAAAAAAGAGAGAAAAUGAAUCAGAAAUUAACUUAAAUUCGUUGGUUCAAGAGCUUGAGGAAUCUAAUAAGGAGAAGGCUGGUACAUCUUUAAUAAUAAACAAUAAAUUGGCUUGUAAUGAAACAGUUGAAAUGCCUAAGGACAGCAAGAUGAAAAUCUAUUUAGGAAGAAAAAGAUUAAAUGAAAAUGAACUUCAACAAGAUGAACCACCAGCAAAGAAAGGACCUAUACAUGUUAGUCCAACUGUCACUGAAGACCAAAACAAAAGUGAAGAAAUGCGACAGAGCAUUUCAGAAGAUGAGGAAGACAUUAGAGUUUUACAAGAAAAUAAUGAGCUGAAAACACAUUUACUCAUUGUUGAGAAUGAACUUAAAAAUGAAAAGGAAGAAAAAGCAGAAUUAAAUAAACAGAUUGUUAGUUUGCAACAGGAACUUUCUUUUUCUGAGAAAAAGAGUUUUACUUUAAGUAUAGAAGUCCAACAAAUUCAGUCCAAUUAUGACAAUGCAAUUUCUGAAUUACAUAUGCAGAGAGGUAUAAAUCAAGAACAGGAGGAAAAGAUCAUGAAAUUGUCAAAGGAGCUAGAAACCACUAGAAGAAACAUCACAAAUAAUGUUUCACAAAUAAAAUUAAUGCAAGCAAAAAUAGAUGAACUACGUACACUUGAUUCAGUUUCUCAGAUCUCAAACAUAGAUUUACUCAAUCUCAGGGAUCUGUCAAGUGGUUCUCAAGAGAAUAAUUUGCCAAAUACACAGUUACACCUUUUGGAUAAUGAUUAUUUGGUAAGCAAGCAGGUUAAAGAAUAUCAUAUUCAAGAACUCAGUAGGGAAAGUUCUUUCCACUCUAGUAUUGAAGCCAUUUGGGAAGAAUGUAAGGAGAUUGUAAAGGCUUCUUCCAAAAAAAGUCAUCAGAUCCAGGAACUGGAGCAACAAAUUGAAAAAUUACAGGCAGAAGUAAAAGGCUAUAAGGAUGAAAACAAUAGACUAAAAAUAGAGGAGAGGGACAAUAAAAAUCGAGAUGACCUACUAAGAGAGAAAGAAAGUCUUAUACAGCAGCUGAAAGAAGAAUUGCAAGAAAAAAACAUUAGUCUUGAUUUGCAAGUACAGCAUGUAGUUGAAGGAAAGAGAGCACUUUCAGAACUUACACAAGAUGUUGCUUGGUAUAAAGUGAAAGUAAAGGAACUUGAAGCAAUCUUAGAAACUCAGAAAGAUGAAUGUAGCCGUUCAGCCAAGUUAGAGCAAGAAAUUUUGGAAAAAGAAACUAUCAUCUUAAACCUAGAAAAAAAUCUAAAGGAAUUUCAAGCAAAUCUUCAGGAUUCUAUCAAAAACACCAAAGAAUUAAGUGAAAGGGAAGUUAAGUUAAAAGAAGAAAUCACACAUUUAACAAAUAACCUGCAAGAUGCAAAGCAUUCACUUCAAUUAAAGGAAGAAGAAAAAGAAACCAACUGGCAAGAAACAGAAAAGUUGAAAGAGGAGCUCUCUGCCAGCUUUGCUCUUACCCAGAAUCUGAAAGCAGAUCUUCAGAGGAAGGAAGAAGAUUAUGUUGAGCUGAAAGAGAAACUGGCUGAUGCCAAAAAACAGAUUGAGCAAGUACAGAAAGAGGUGUCUGUUAUGCGUGAUGAGGAGAAAUUACUAAGGAUUAAAAUUAAUGAACUAGAGAAAAAGAAAAACCAGUGUUCUCAGGAAAUAGAAAUGAAACAGCGAACCAUUCAGCAACUCAGGGAGCAGUUAAGUAAUCAGAAGGUGGAAGAAGCUAUACAACAGUAUGAGAGAGUGUGCAAAGAUCUAAAUGUUAAAGAGAAAAUAAUUGAAGACAUGCGAAUGACACUGGAAGAACAAGAACAAACUCAGGUAGAACAAGAUCAAGUGCUCGAGGCUAAAUUAGAGGAAGCUGAAAGACUGGCCACAGAAUUGGAAAAAUGGAAGGAAAAAUGCAAAGAUCUAGAAACCAAAAGUAAUCGAAGUUCAAAUAAAGAACUUGAGGAUAACACAGAUGUACUUAGUAAACAACUCAGUAAGCUUCAAGAUGAGUUUCAGGAAUCUGAACAGAAAUAUAAAUCUGAUAGACAGAAAUGGGUAGAAGAAAAAAUGACGCUUAUUACUCAGGCAAAAGAAGCUGAGAAUCUACGAAACAAAGAGAUGAAAAAAUAUGCCGAAGACAGAGAGCGUUGUUUAAAGCAACAAAAUGAAGUGGGCAUACUUACAGCACAGCUGGCAGAGAAAGAUAGUAACCUUCAAAAGUGGAGAGAAGAACGGGAUCAACUGGUUGCAGCUUUAGAAAUACAGCUGAAAGCACUGAUCUCUAGUAACAUACAGAAAGAUAAUGAAAUUGACCAAUUAAAAAAGAUCACAUCAGAGGCUUCUAAAACAGAAGAACAAACUAUGGCUAUUAAGCACAGACAUAUGAGUUCAAUGGAUCCUGGCAGAGUUGAAACUGAACCUCAAACAACAAGUUUUGAAAUUUCCACAAACGAAGUAGAGGAUGGAUCUGUAGUCCUUGACUCUUGUGAAGUGUCAACAGAAAAUAAUCAAACUACUCGAUUUCCCAAACCUGAGUUCGAGAUUCAGUUUACACCUUUACGGCCAAACAAAAUGUCAGUGAUACACCCUGGUUGUACCUCACCAGUGACAGUUAAGAUUUCCAAGACCCGGAAGAGGAAGAGUAAUGAAAUGGAGGAGGACUUUGUGAAAUGUGAAAAUAAGAAGAAUGCUACACCCAGAACUAAUUUGAAGUCCCUUAUUUCUGAGCAUACGGAUUCCUCUGUUGAAAAGGAACAAAAGGUUUCCACACGUCCAUCAUCGAAGAAAACAUAUUCUUUACGGAGUCAGGCAUCUACAAUUAACACAAACUUGGCCACUAAGAAAAAAGAAGGAACGCUACAGAAAUUUGGAGAAUUUUUACAACAUUCUCCAACAAUUCUUCAAGCAAAAGCAAAGAAGAUAAUUGAAACGAUGAGUUCUUCAAAGCUCUCAAAUGUAGAAAUAAGUAAAGAAAAUGUAUCUCGACCAAAACGGGCCAAACGGAAAUUAUACACAAGUGAAAUUUCAUCUCCUAUUGAUAUAUCUGGCCAAGUGAUUUUGAUGGACGAUAAAGUGAAGGAAAGUGAUCAUCAGAUUCUCAAACGACGACUUCGAACUAAAACAGCCAAAUAAAUCACUUAUGGAGAAUGUUUUAAUAUAAAUUUUAUAGUCAUAAUCAUUGUAACUUGCAUCCUGACCUUAAUGAUAAUUGUAUAUGAUGCAUUAAAUCUCUCUGUAUAUACAUUGCUAUUUUAUACAUAGUAUAAUUUUGAUUCAAUAAAGAAUAUGUCAACAUAAAUUUACUC